UGAAAAAUGAACCAAUCAGAAACUGCGUUAUCUAUGUAAAAAAAAAAAUAAAGUUUCUGGCGCCAAAUUCAGUGAAGCGACGCUGCUUUGAAGGGAAAGAAACUUAUAGCAAACUGGCUAUAUUUAUGUUUUACAACGGUCCUUCUGUGAGUCUCUGAAUAAUGGAUGAAAAGAUAAUUUGUCUUUGCGAAGAAAAUAAUUUAACACCCCUUGUGCAGGUGCUAUCAACGCUGAAACAUCAAAAGGUUGUAGACUUGUUAGAAGCUAGAGCAUUAGAGGGAAGGGGUGAACCAGUUCCUUAUCUUCAAGCUGUAUUCAAAGGUUCACCAUGUGACACUAAAAUUGGUUUAGAAAGACGUACAUUUGUGUUCAAACAUGCCAUUCAAAUACUCAGUGAAGGUGACCUAAGUAACAAGAUGGCCACUGAGAUUGUUGGAUUUUUACUUAUGGAGCUGGAUGCAUUUCCUGGAAAAAUUCUCGCUGAACUUGCUGACUUAUUCAUAAAUGCCAUCAAGACUGGUUCCUUCAGCAACGGAAAACCUUUGGAGCUAUUUCCUAAGGUGCUCUCUGCCAUAGCAGCCAAGGAUGUCAUUCCAAUGCCAGGAGAUUGUGGUGGUGAAAUGGCAGGUCAGGAAUAUAAAAGACAUCUUCUGAAUACUUUGUGUUCUAGCAGAUGGAACCCACAAUGUGCUAUUCAUCUGGCUGCUGUUUUCAGGGAUGUGCCAAUGACAUCAGAUGAACUGCACUUUGUGAUGGAGAAGAUAAUAAGAGCAAUGAAGGACCUUGACCUUCAAGAACUCCCUCCACUGGUGUAUCAGUUACUGCUGCUUUCAACAAAGGGUCACAAACAACUUCUUUUAGAAGGAAUAACAUCAUUUUUUAAUGACUUAGAUGAAACAUGUCGCAAGGAGGACAAAGAGGAUAGCUCAGAGGUGCAGACUGUGUCCAAGGAUCAACUGAGACAUAUGGAGGGAACAGUAAUCCUUCAUAUUACGUUUGCUGUGAAACAGGAUCAAGACUUAGGGAAGGAGUUUAUCAAAUAUUUAAAGGUUCAUCAAAGUUCUCCAGGGAUGAUUCUGACACCUUUCAAUGUAGCAUUAGCUCUGUCCAUUGCACAGAUCCAUAGAUUUGAAGAAACAAUAUUUGACUUCCUGAAGGCUGCAGUGUCAAGAAGUUUCAAAGACGAAGACAGGAGAAAGCAAUCCAAAUGGGCUAGAGAAAAUAUCCCAGCAUGCUCUUCAGUUGAGGAUCAAAUACUAGAGACAGUUCAGAACAGUUUGUUUGGAUGGGAUCAUGUCACUCAGGGAUUAGUACAGCUGGGAUUCAUGUUAAUGGAUACAUUUGGUCCCAAGACAUUUGACUCUAAUUCAUCACAAAUCCCCUCUCCAACCCAACACUCCUGCAGGCUUGGAUCUUCAGUUCUGCUUGAUACUUUUAAGGCCCAUGAGAUGGUUCGUUCUGAAAUUCUUCAGCAAAUCCUUAACAGAGUGAUUACCAAGGCAACAACACCUGUUUAUCAUUACAUUGAACUGUUGGCCAGCACAGUCUCUUCAGCACCACAUGUAUUACUAGAGUCAUUACCAAGGGUGAAGGAGGCUUUAGAUUAUUUGUCAUUCUUACCUCCAAAGUCAGCAGAGGGUUUUUUGAAAGCCAUCCAGCCCCUUUUGAAGAUCAGUUUGUCUUUGAGGGACUCUCUUAUGGUUGUGCUACGAAAAGCAAUGUUCUCAAGACAGGUGGAUGCACGUAAGAUUGCUGUAACCGGAUUUCUCCUGAUCCUUAAACAUUUUAAGAUUUUAGGUGGAGGUAUCACAUCAAGUCAGUCUGGGAGUCAGCCAAGUCAGCCAUCACAUUCCAGUCAAAUUCAAGUAGAUGUUCAUGUUCGAGGUGGUAACAUGGGAAAUGAAGCACUUUGUCUAGAGAUAUUAGGGAACCUUCGGAGAUGUCUCACUCAGCAAGCUGAUGUAAGAGUACAGCUCUAUGAGGGGCUCUUCCAUGUGUUAUGUAGAAAUCCUCAAUUACAACAACCUAUUCUAGAUAUGUUAAGCAAUCAGUUCCAAAAAUAUUUGGAGUCAGAUGAAACAGUUAAUCCUCCAAUCAAAUUAGAGCCUUGUUUGUCUGCUGCAGGAGAUCAGAUUUACCUUACAGAGCCACUAGCCCACCUAUUGUGUUACUUACUGCACUCGAUGGGAAAAUGUAUUGAAAGUCACAAUGAGGAUGAAAAUGAUGAGAAAGAAUCAAUGGAACACAUCCUAAAUGAACUAGAGGAUUUAUUCCAGUCUCUUGUUCACAGAAUGAACAAAUCAGAGAUGGAAGACUUUGAACUGGAUAAGUCCGCAGACUUUUCUCUGGUCUCUAGUGUUGGUAUCAAGAAUAACAUUCUAGCUCUCCUAGUUCUUGGAGUUUAUGAGAUUCUGCUAGAGUACAGUUUCUCAGAAGGAGAGCUAAGUGGGGAAUCAGUGGAAGAGAUUCUACAGUUGUUUAGGAAUUACCACCAGCUCUCAGAGAUACUAAAGGAAAAAUCAAACACUGCUGGAAAGAAAAGUCGCUCUGCAGCUGUAAAACAGGGAGUUAAAAGUAUGCUUUCACUGGAAUGUUCUGCAUCUUUGUUAAGAGCAUUAUUCAGUGACAGAGCUCCAAGUCAUCAACAAAGUCUAGCUACAUUGAGAGGCUUGAAAGAAUUGGUGAAGUAUGCUGUUGAUACAGCUGUUAAAAAGCUCAAAGAGAUUAGUGAUGGUGGAUUUUGCUCAGGACCUGGAGGCUCUAACAACGACACCAUUUACAAGCAUUGCUGUACCAUUGGAAGAGUUUUCUGGAAGCAUCUUAAUGGAGAAAGCUGUUUACAGGAAGAGCAAGAUAAGAAGGAGAAGGGUAAGAAAAUCAAUAGCUUGUGUAUAGAGGGUUUCUGCUCAGUGGUUAAUAUCAUGUGCUGCUGGUUCUUCCAAAAGUUGCCCCAUUUUAUGAAUGCAAUAGAUUCAACCCAGGAUGGCAAUGGUGUUGCAUCAGAUGAUUCAACAGAUCAAGAAGCUAUUUAUGUGCAGAUAAAGAAAUGUCAGCGUUUAAUUGUCAGCAUCAUCUCCUCUCCCGAUGAGGACAAAGAAGUCAGUCUUAAGGAUUGUCAGUCACUAGUGAAUGUGAUUGUAAUGUUAGCACAUCAUUUGGAGCCAGAUGGACCUCAGUUUAGUCAGUUGCAUACCUGGGUUCAAACGGUUUGUGCAGAUAAUAAUGUUGAUGAUCUCUCUCUCACUAAGUCUUUGAUGUCCCUGUUACACUCCAUAACAUUCCAAUUGAAAGCAAGUGCAGGCCUGGUGCGUGAUGUUGCCCAGGAUGUUCAUAGUCAGCUUGGAGAUGUAGAUGAAGAAAUUGAAGUUGAAAACAGAACACACUAUGCGAUUAUUAACCAAAGGACUGCUGCACCUUCUGUUGCUCUCCUUUUAGUAAAUCAAGUUGAAAAAAUUGUAGAUGAAAUGGACAGGGCACUUGUAAAGGUAAAAGGUGACAUGACAUCAUCAGCAACAAGACUAACAGACGAAAAGGUGCCAGAUUCUCCUGAUAGUUUCCCUCGUGGUAUGUUGGAGCAGGCAUUGUGCCAACGUCUCUGUACUGUUGUUUCUGCUCUCCACGAACUGUCGCAGUCUGCUCUUCCAGAAGGUCCCUGCACUGAGGCAACGCUGAAGGUGCUGACCAAAAUGUAUGUCACUCUCGGUUCUCUUACGAAACAUUAUUUGUCGCUUUAUAACCAAAGACUUGGUUACUUCCCUGCAAAGUUUGAAAAGCUGGUCAAAAUGACCGGCACCCACUUGUCGCAGCAAGUGUAUGCUCUUCUGACAUACAUCCAAGCCACACAAAGCCAAACUCUUUUGGAGAAGAGCACCAUGACGAAAAAUAAAACCAAAGAGAAGAAAAAGGCACCCAAAGGAAUGAAUAUGUCAGGGAAGGCAAAAGUUCUGAAAGAGAUGAAGUCAGUGCCGAACUUGAUAUAUGCAAUGGAGCAGUAUGAGCGUUACCUAAUACAGCUUUCCAAAAAGUCCAAGAUCAAUCUGAUGGAACACUUUAAACGCAGUUUGGCACGAGACUUUCGAAUAAAUGGUGCGACCCUCGAGGCUGCUCUGAAAGAAGAUUCAAGCAGCGAAGGCGAAGAUGUUGAGGGCGAGGAAGAGGAGCAAGAAGAGGAUAAAUCUGAAGAAGAAAAUAAAGAACCUCCACCAAAAAAAGGGAAGUUGAUGGAAACAAAUAAGAAAGCAAGCAAACUAAAUUCAAAACAGAAGUCAUCAAACAAGCCAUUGUCGCAAGAGAACAAAUAAAAUUAAACACCACUCUUACAUUGCAACUGGAUAAGAGAGAGGAAUUAGGUAAUCUUACGCUACCUGCGAGGACAAUCAUUUCUCAGUUUUCAACACAGCUCUCGUCCUUUUUUAAACAGCAUGGGCGCUAUUAUUAAUCAUUAUUAUUUCCCAUGACACAAAAUUUGGAAUUGCACUACCCUACAACUGAUAUGAAUAACUUACAGAUGGACCAUUCCUUUUUGGGGACUUAACAAUUGCUAGGACACUAAUCUAGUUUGAAAGGGUUCACUGUUGUCUCGGGUAAACUAAGCUGUAUUGUGUGCCACCUUUAUAGUUUGUUGCAGCCACAAUUCCUUAGAUUGAAUUUACAGAAUUCCAUUUCUCUUGUGGUAGACUUGGUGCCACUUCCGUAACUGCAAGCAAAAGCCUUUACAUUUUUAUUUCAAUGUUAAUGUCUAUCAAGGGGUAUUUGUGGCAAACUCGCACAAGCCCAAUGUGAAAAAAAGGGUUCGUCCCGUUGCAAAAGUUUUUGUUCCUUACAACAAGUACUAAAAAGAAACCUUGCAAAUAAAAAUUCAAACUGUUAAAUUCCUGUUUGAAAAGAUUGCAUGAAAGUGACAAUCACGGUAGGCGCUGCAUAUAUUAAAUAUGUGUGUGUGACCCCAACGUCUAUGUCCAUCGUGUUUUGUUUCCUAUUUGUCCCAAAGAAGUUUGGAGUGAUUGCUGGACCGUGACUUUAAAUCCACCCAGGCAUAGAAAAUAAUGUACUUCAACAGACUUUGCUGAUAACUCUUUUCCCAAGAGCUUUGGCGGUUGAAUUUAUUGUGUUUUCAAGAGUCAGGGUUGAUCAAGGGGUUUUUUCAAUUGUCCUGACAAUAUUUCGAUGUAACGAGAUGUUAUUCCAAUUCUGGUUGACGGAAGCAUAUAAAGGAAAGGAAAUGUGAAUGACAUGAGGACAGAAAUAUUGGAAGAUAUAUCUUGUAUAGGAAGGUUAAACAUUCCCUAGAUCGCCUCCUUUAUAUUCCAUUUUUGCCUGUUUAUAUAUAAUUAUCUUUCAUGUCUCAUUUUGUUUUAAAUCUUUAUUUAUUGAAUCAGUUAAAGAAGCUUGACAAAAUCCCCAUUAUGGGGCCUUAAUGAUUUUCUCUCUGGUGGGUAAUUCCGGGCACAUGCAACGUGCAUGACUUGUUCUGUUCUAAUGUGUUAGGAUUGUUCAAGCUUUACCAAACUUAUCUUAAUUUAACAACAAAUCAGAAUAAAUGAAUGGGCCAGACAAAAAUGCAAUAUCUGACUUUCACACCCUGCUUAGUAUGCUGUAUGUAGUUGAGUAAAUAUGUAAUAUGGCCGAGCACUGUUAUUCAGUGUGGCCACCAAGAGUUACUUAAAAAUUAAACUGAAACUAAUGAAUAAUGAGCAA